UGUUUCACCCAACGCGUACUUGAGUUAGUUGUCUGAUACGCAAGGCUGACCGCUAAAUGUGCAGAUAUUUGUCUGUUGGAUUGCGUGAACGUGUCGGAGCGCAUGGCGCCUCACGGUGGGAACAAACGACGCCGGCCCGGACCUGCUGAGACAGCCCGUAGAAGUUGAGCCCUUUCUCGAGACAAGCAUCCCGCUGUUCCUGUCGAAGUAGCGGCAAAAUGAAGAAGUACACGCAGCUGGCCCUCAUUGUCAUAUGCAUUCUCUCCGUCCUGGCGUUGCUCAUUUGUGAGCGCCGAUACGCCAACAUGAAAGUGAUCCUCGAGGUGAUGGACGUGUUCGAGACGAAGGAGGCGGCCGUCAAGUGCGACCGGCAGAUCGAGCUGCUGCGACGCUCCCAGCUCGACUCCGGCGGCGCCCUGACGUCCGUCGUGUUCCCCGUAUGGCGAGAGGUCUUCGCCUCGCAGAGUUGGUCGCUCUUCGUCUACUCGGCGUAUUGGGACGUCGCCGCGGACGGCGCGAACGUGUCGCGAAUCGUCGCCGUCGUCGAACGAGACCUCCCGGCCGACCUCGGCUGCCUACUGUGGUUCGACGGCGUGCACCACGUCCGGUCGGACAGCUUCGCGGUCACCACACUGAGCGCAACUGCUGACAGCAAGGGCGACUCGACGUCGGCGGUCCUCCUGGAGUGUGCCGUCCGCGACGUCUCGAUCGAGCCCGUCGCGGUCUCCUUCUCGUGGACGACCGCCUCCGGCCGCGUGGACACGUCGCAGCUGGUGCCCUUGGAGUCGACGUCCCCGGCGAACGAGACGCGAAACUUCAGCGUCUGCGUGCCUCCGCUCGUCUCGUCGUCGACUCCGCUGACGCUGGUUGAGUUCGUCGUCUACCAUCGCCACAUCGGGGUCGACGACUUCGUCUUCUACGACGCCGACUCGCUGCCCGACGUCAAGAGGCUACUGGCAGCGGUGCCCGGACGCACCUUGGCCAGCGUCAAGCUCCUCCCGUGGAACUUGCCCCGACGCUUCUCGAACGUGUCCGAGUCGGCGCGCAUCGCCGACUGCCUGUUGCGAAGCAAGAAGCGAGCCCGCAACGCCUUGUUCCUGCAGACCAACCAGUUCCUUUCGCUGGCCGCAGCCAAAGACCUCAACCAGCUGGCACGCGAGCUUAACUUCUUGAGCUCGCGUAGCAACGAGACGAAGGCUCCGCUGGUGCUCUUUCAUACGCACUACUUCUGCGACGAGUUCUCGGACGACAUCGUGGCGAGCUCGCUCCAAAUACGUUUCGUGACGCAGCGUAAGGUCAAGUAUCAUCGACUCUCGGAGAAGCACAAGGUGUACCUCGUCGCCACUGGGUUCGCCAAAGAUGCAGUGGCCACUCUGAGAAGCCCGAACCAUCCAAUCGAGGACAAUGUCCUGGUGCCCGAGCGGUCGGCUGUGGUCAACGUGUACGGCAAGUGCAGUCCACUCUUCCGGGUCAGGAACACGCGGGAGCACUACGUUCCAGACAUGCACAUGACGAACUUCCGAAGCCUACUGUUCUCGUCGAAACUGUAUCGCUACUUUGAAAAGCAGCCUUACGCAAGCUUAUUGCUCUAAAUGUGACACUUAAGUACACGGGGUCGCUACGAGAUGACCAACGAGCACUUUGCUGCUGUCGGCUGCCCGGCGCGGCAGGUUGCUGAAAGCCAAAGAUACACGUUCUGCCUUCCUGAACCAGUCAUCCUACCCGUUGCGGUGAUCUGCACGCCACCAGGAUGGAAGAUGCCCCAGGAUGUGUUGUGUCCUAGCUUGUGGGCAUAGUCACUGCCAUUUCCUGCAUUACGAGCACCGUACAGUAACUGUCAACAUGACAGCUCUGUGACAUUUUACAAUUUGCCCAACCGUGCAGGCGCGUCUUCCAGCUCGAGGCAUUUUAGUUUGCAUUCCUGACCCACCGUGACCAAAAGGCCCGAUUGUUUCAUUGGACAAGUGGAAACAUGUCGGCCAUUCCGCAGGCUUCCUUGAUUACCUUGGCAAGCACGCAAGGUUUGUUGUGACGUCUUGGUUCAUUACUCGAGUGAACUACAAGACUUGUUGCCCUGCCUGUGGUCUCAACUGUAACAUGUUCUGCAGCAGUUCACUACAUUCCUGCGAAAAACCUCCGGAAGAAUGUAUCUGUGUGAGUUACCGUCAUGGUCAUAGAUCUUCAUCUCGCAUUUCAUAUAAGUAUUGUAUAACAUUUAUAUGCACAGUUUUGCAGCAUCCUCAGCAGUGCUUAAAGGGACACUAAAGGCAAAUAUUAAGUUGAAGUGGAUUGUUAGAGUCGACUUCAACUCCAGGAAACCUCACAGAAAAAUAUUAAAAUCCAGAAACCACACAGUGUUUGUUUAAUGCUCAAAUUGAAGUACACAGCCUUGCUUGCUCCUACCAUCAAAUGUGGUGCUCUCAAUGCUCAAAAAGCCCCUUAAAGCCUUCGAGAUUGGUGGCUGUUAUUCAGAGCAAAUCUUUGCUGAGAUGCAAUUUUUGAACACCUAGCUUAAUUUCCAAAUGGUAGUUUCUCCAGGAAUCAACAAGAAGUGCAUAGCUAGCGUUUUGUGCAGUCUUGCAAUGUGAUGCAAUCUACCUCUUUCACAAUGCCAGGGUGUAUGCGCUCUUCUCCUAGCAGAAAAAUCGCCCCUUCAUCUCGGAGGCUUUUGUUCUGGCAAUACCAGUAGUUGCAGCCCCUACCAAAACGUCAGGGGCAGCUCAGGAAAAUGAAAAUGGUGGAUUACCUUCAUAUUACAAGUGAUGGCGUGCUGGUAAUAGGAUUAUGCCAAGCACGGGCUACGUCAUUGGGCUAGUACUAAAAUGUCCGGCUGGUGUUCCAUUUAUGUCCUUUAUUUACUUUAAUGUUGAAAUUACUAAAGCACUGUUGUCAUUAAUAUUGACUUUUGAGAGUGUAGCUUAAACCGAUGUUUGCUCGAUUGAUGCGGCUUUAAAACACAAAGACGUAAAACAGAGUGCACGGGACGAGCACUGCAUCAAUUGUGUUUCAGUGCUGCAUCAAUCAUGCAAGUAUUGCAGCUAGCCCAAUUUUCCAUUCUAAGCCGAUGUCUGCCUUUAGUGUCCCUUUAAUCAGCUUUUGUCACUGUAAUGCCAGCUCUAAGGCAGUGCAUGUUUGCCAUUGCAUUGUGCAUAUGCUCCAGUGUGGUGCAUCUUGUCACCAAAUGGCAUUCAAGAAGGCAUGUUGUGUACCUAACAUGAAAUACAUGCACGUAGCAGCAUGGCAUAUUUAUUAUUCUUUAUGCUAGCUUUUUCCAUGGAGGCUGCUCUUUUAUGCAGUUGUCUUCACACCUUAGUUUUAUUUUGUAUUAAUUAAAGAGUAGGCAUCAUGGUGCAAAAGGUCGGCAGCAUUAUGGCCUGUUGGCGAAACUGCAUCUCCUUAAGGCACCAGCACUAUUGAUUAAUGCGUCACAUUUUCAAGAAUUAUUUUACAGGGCUCUCAAACGCUGAUGUUUGUAGAAAACUUAAGGUGGUUGGAUGUAGCUUUGUACAUCUGCUUGUCGCAGUUCAUCAUAAUGCUUUUUAAAUGCGAAGCAUUUCAUAGUGAACCGAAGGCACUUUGACCAUUUCUGUCUAUCUAUCUAGCUGCCUACGUCUUGGUGCUCUCAUGGUCAUCUCCUUAAUGUGUACAUACCAAAAUUGGCAUAGGAAGAUGUGAGUGUAUGACAAACCAAACUCGCCACAGCAUGAAGGAGCCCGUGUCCCAGAAAAUGUGGUGCCGGUAUCGGUGGCAUUGUCGAUGGGUGAAAUAUCCUGACGGAAGCAAGGAGUAAAAAUCACUGCUCAAGCCAAAAUCGAACCCAGGCAUUCUGCAUGGCAGUCAGAUAUUCUACCACAGAGCCACACCAGUGAUCCAAACUGCCUCUGAAAAAGACCCAAUGCAAGUGUCAUGUCAGGGCAACGCCAGUUGUGGUUGUAGUAUUGGCUAUCUGUUUUUAUAUCAAUGUAAUAAAUUCAUUCUAAAAAGACAGGGCGUGCAAAUACGGACGCA